AUGGCGGAAGAGAAAACAAUUGAACUUAACGGAAAGACCUACCCUAUGCUCGCUGAUGGAGAGUAUGACUGCAUCAUUUUGGGAACUGGUCUCAAGGAGUGUAUGCUUGCAGGUCUUUUGUCGAAGAAGGGAAAGAAGGUCAUUGUUCUCGAUAGAAACGGAUACUACGGUAGUGAUUGCGCUUCUCUGAAUUUGGAUGAGCUGUACAAGAAGUUCGACAAGGAGCCCAGCGAGAAAGCCAAGAAGAAGCUGGGAAGCAGCCGUGACUACUGCGUCGAUUUGAUCCCCAAGUUCCUCAUGUCGUGCGGCAAGCUGUCGGAUAUCUUGUACAUCACUGGCGUCACCAACUAUUUGGAGUUCCAGUGCGUCGAUGGCAGCUUCGUGUAUGACGGAAAGACCAAGAAGACCUACAAGAUGCCGUCUACCCCCGAGGAAGCCAUGAGCACUCCGCUUCUGAGCCUCUUCCAGAAGAUGAAGUACAAGAGCUUCCUUACGGGCAUCAGCGAGAUGGAGAUCCCCGGCGAGGACGGCGUGGACUCGGACGAGGACGUUCCUCUGAACCGCAUGACGAUGCGCCAGCUGUACAAGAAAUACGGCCUGGACGAGAACUCGCAGGACUUCACGGGCCACGCGAUGGCGCUGGAGCUGAACGACAACUACCUCGACGAGCCGGCCACGGAGACGGUGCGCGCGAUCAAGCUCUACGGCUACUCGGUGAACGCGUACGGCAAGUCUCCGUUCAUCUACCCGCUGUACGGCCUGGGCGGACUGCCCGAGGGCUUCUCGCGCCUCUGCGGACUGCACGGCGGCGUGUUCAUUCUGAACCAAGAGAUCGAUAGCAUCGAGUACGAGGACGAGAAGGUGGCGGGCGUGGUGUCGCAGGGCCACGCGGUGCGCGCGAAGAUGGUGAUCGGCGACCCCUCCUACUUCAAGGAGGAGCUCAUGAAGAAGACGGGGAAGGUGGUGCGGUCGAUCUGCCUGCUGGACCACCCGAUCGAGAGCGUGGACGGCGCGAAGAGCUGCCAGAUCAUCAUUCCGGCGAAGCAGGUGGAGCGAGCCGGGUACAAGAAGCGCGAAUCGGACAUUUACGUGUCCUGCGUGAGCUACAAACACAAGGUGUGCUCGAAGGGGAUCUACAUCGCGAUCGUGUCGACCACGGUGGAGACGAAGAAGCCGGAGAAGGAGCUGGAGCCGGGAAUCGACUUGCUGGGCAAAAUUAUCGAUCGAUUCGAUAGCGUGGUGACCACCUACCGACCGCGGUCCAAUACCAAGAAGUCGGGAGUGUUCAUUACCACGAGUUAUGAUGCCACGAGCCAUUUUGAAACUGUCGCCGAGGAUGUGCUUGCGGUGUACAAGCAGGUUACUGGAGAGCAUCUCGAUCUGAACGUCGAUCGCGAUGAGGAAGAGGAAGAGGAGUAA